CAGAUAAUUUACAUAAAAUAAAAAUAAAAUACAGUAUAAUUAAUAAUAAUGAGAACUGCUUAUGAAAUAAUAAGUGCAAUUAUAUUUGUACUAAUUAACGUUGCGUUAGUAUCAGUUGUAUUCUAUUUUAAUCAACAUCCAAGUAAAAAAUAUGGAAAUAAAAAAUUAAGCCCUGGAGAGCUUGCUGAAGCUAUAGCUCGAGAUAUCAACAGGCAACCAGAAUAUUAUACUUAUGAAAAAAAAGCUAAUGGAAAAUAUCGUGUUUUUAAGAUAAAUCGUUAUAGUAAAUCUCAUACAUCAAUAAAUAAUUUAACAGCAACCUUCAAUUAUAAAGAAGAACCAGAGUCUAUUAAUCCCGUUGAUUUUGAUGGUAAUAAGUCAAUACCCAUGAUAAAAAAAAAUUUUGCAAUAAAACAUAAAAGCGAUGGUUUUGAAUUACCUGGAGUAGAAAAACGAUUCAAGUGUCCAAAUAAUUAUAACUGGGACCAAAAAACAAGUACAUGCAUUGAAAAACCUUUGUGUGAUAAAUAUGAUGAUUCAUUGUUAGAACUUGUAGAUCGUUAUUACAGUGAAAUAGAUAAUCCAUCGAUUACACCAGUAACCGAAUUAACUGGUGAAAACAGACAUCCGCGUUUGUAUAUUAGGUGCUCCUCAAAAGACGGAAAACCAAUUAUUGAAAGUUGUACAGUAGAAAAUGAAAAAAUAGAUUUUACCAUACUCAACUCAAAUACUCACAAAAAGAACGAAACACCUUGCAAAGUAUAUGAUGUCUGUAAAUAUUUUCCCAACGACACACGUCAUCAUUAUACAAUAAACUAUAAUUAUGAUGAUGCAUUAAAAAUGAAUCAUUACUAUAAGUGUCAAAAUGGUAAAAGUGUUAAACACAAAUGUCCAGACAAUUAUGAAUUUAAUGAAAAAUAUUUUGAUAAUAAUAAUGUUUGUAUACCGAAAAAUCAUUGCAGAAGUGAUACCGAUUAUUAUUUUACAACAACACCUAGUUCUUUCUCAAUUUGUUCAUCUAACAAGAAAAUUGAUAAAUCAUGUGAGGGUGUAGGUAUAAUUAAAUUAACUAAUAAUACAUAUCAAUGUAAAAUCGAUAAAUAUGUUAAUCAUACAGAAUUCUCAGAUCAUAAAUAUAAUGGAUUUAAGUAUAAGUCUAAAUCUUAUAUUGGGUAUAAAAAAUAUCAACUACACGAAACGGUAUUUGAUAAUUGGUUUAGUAUAAAAUUUAAAAAAAUUUGGGAGGAUAUAGAAGAAAAUGAAAUAAAAGAAAACAAUAAUAAAAUAAAAAAAUUAACUUUACCACUUACUCCUAUUAAUGAUGAUGAUAAAUUAUUUAAAUAUAAAAAUGAAAAAAGAACGGAUUAUGAAAAUCUUCAUGACAUGAUUAUACCCACUAAAUUUUACUUUUCAACUAAAAUUGAUAAAUGGACAUUAUUUGAUAAGUCUACACUAAUUACUGAUAUCCAUACGUAUAGUAUGUUAGAUGAAUUUAAAAUAGUAAGAAUAUCAGCAUCUAAUCUAUUUGAUGAAGUAUAUUGUAAGAUUAAUAGUAAGCAAUAUUUGAAAAAUAAGGAAUCAAAAUCUACCUCAAUUGACCAUUUUCAAGUACAACUUGACCCAAGCAAAUUUCAUUUACAAAAAACGGACGAAUUUUGGAUUAUUAUUAACGCUAAAAUUUAUCAUUAUAAAUUUAUUUCAGAUAAAGAUAAUUCUAAAAAUACUACCGUAUUAGGCCCUAGUAGAGAUUAUUAUUCGUUUAUUGACAAAUAUAUUUUAAAACCAACUAAGAUAACGCCGGAUGCCAUUAUUGCUAGUGCAUUAAGAGAAGUUGACGGUAUACAUUACGCUUACUGCAUUAAAUAUGAUAAUUAUUUUAUUGUUAAUAAACCGAAAAAAAUAAAUAAUAAAUUAAUUUGUCAUACAGAUUUAAUGAAUUUGCAAGAUAAUGAUAAACAGCUUAUUAAAAUUGAUCAGUUACAAUUAGGUUUAAGUAACCUUAAAUUAACUCAUAUUAUACCAAGUGAUUUUCCGGAAAAUGAAUUUCUUUGGAAUGAAUUGUAUGUGGGCAAAUAUUAUUAUGAUCAAGAUGAAAAGCAAUUAAUAAUUUGGCACAACCAUUUAUUUGUUUUAAAAUUAAAGGAUAAAAUUUCCAAAGUAUUGAACAAGGAAAUUGAAAAAAAAAGGUUGAAAAUUGAAAAUGGAAAGUUUGAGUAUGACAAUUUUCCAACUAACGUUAUUGAUAUAGUGUAUGAAAAUGUUAAAAAAAAUAAUUCAUCUGGCGAUAUAAAUAAACGUUUAACGGCAUUAACGACAACGUUUAGUUAUUACAAAAUGAAUUAUAAAAAACCAGUUGUACAUUGGUUAUCUUAUAUUCCACUUCAUCCAAAUCUCUUGGAACCAGAAAGUCCGAGUGAUACUACUACAGAUGAUAGUACUAGUAAAGGUGAUGCUACUAAAGAUGAUACCACUAAAGAUGAUAUUACUAAUCAUAUUGAUAUUAUCUAUCCAGAACUAGAUAAAUCAACAAUAAAAGAAACUCUCAAAAAAAUUAUAAAUUUGGAACAGUUUACAUUGAACUUGAUCUAAUAAUUACAAGUCAAAAUUUAUUGAUUCAUAAUUUAAAAUAACGAUUAUAAAUAUUACAUUUUUU